AAUCAUGAUGAGUACUAAGCUGUGACAGCUCAGAUAAUGCAGGCCAAGUUUUUAAUUUCCAGGUGCAAUCACUUCACAUCUCCAUUUAAUCAUAUCAUAACAAAAAUAAAAAAAGGCAUAUAUCAAUCAAUUUUUGCAGUGUGAAUUCAAAUGAAUUUGAUCAAAUCAUAUAAUUGCAGGCAGAAAAGGAAAGAGAUGAAACAAAAAAGAGGGUUUCUUUGAGAGAAUAUUAAUGGUGAGGGGAAGAUAGGCAGAUAGGUAGAUACAUAUGCUUUAUUAUUCAAGUGGGCUGAGUGCAAUAAAUUACAAGGGGUGAGGGUAGGUCUACUAUGAUUUAUACUUCUCUGAUUAUACCUCUCUCUCUUUUCUGCAUUUCGCCAUUAUUUUUUCUCUCCCUCUCUUUCAAAUUUAUUGUGUGUGAAAUGAUAAGAAGUUGGGCAGUCAUUGUUAGCUAUAAAUCUCAUGUUUGCUCAUACAUAUAAUACACACACAUAUAUAUCUGUGUGUGUGUGUGUAAUGCAGCUGCAGGCAAUCAUGAUUUGGAUGUGCUGAAUGUGUGUGGAACUGUGUGCACCAUCUCAGCUUAAUUGCUCCUGCAAGAGAGAGAGAGAGAGAGAGGUCAUUUUCUGAGAUAGCUUUGCUGUUUGGUCUGUUUUUGGGGUUAUUAAGAGGAGUGGUCUGGUUUUUACCCACUAGUAAUGGUGCUCUAGUGUGUGCUCUGUGUUUUUUUUUUUGUCCCUUUUCUUUUCUAUCUCUGUGUGUGUGUUUUUGCACUGAAUGAAAUGGGAAGUGUUAAAGAAAGGAAGAAAGGGUUUUUUUCUUCUUCCCAAUCAUCUCCUUCUCAUCUUGUGGUGUUUCCCUCUCUUCUGCCAUUGUUCCUUGCCCUUCUCUCUCUAGAAUCUUGUGCAGCCAUUUCCUCUCUAAACUACACCAAACACACACAAGUUAGCAGCUUGAGACUUGAGAGGAUUCAGAGGCAUUUGGACAGCAUCAACAAGCCCCCUCUCCUCACCAUUCAGAGCCCAGAUGGAGAUAUCAUAGAUUGUGUUCAUAAAAGAAAGCAGCCAGCUUUGGAUCAUCCUCUUCUCAAGAAUCACAAAAUCCAGAAAAUGCCACCGGAAAUGCCGAAGGCGAUGAAAAUGGCGGAAACAGAUGGUGUGAGGGAAAAAAACGGCAGCAGCAGCGGAAGCGCGUGGCAAAUGUGGCAUCAAAAGGGGCGGCGCUGCCCGAAGGGCACCGUGCCGAUACGGCGGAGCACGGUGCAUGACGUGCUGAGGGCUAAAUCCCUCUAUCAUUUCGGCAAGAAAUCAUCGAGAUACGACGCGGCGACGGCGGCCGCCGGCCGCCGCGCCGACGCCCCCGAUGUUGUUAGUGGCAACGGCCAUGAGCACGCGAUAGCAUACACGACGGGAUCGGGAGAGGUGUACGGCGCAAAAGCGACAAUUAACGUGUGGGACCCAUCGAUAGAAGAGGUGAAUGAGUUCAGCCUCUCCCAAGUUUGGGUUCUCUCCGGCUCCUUUGAUGGCUCCGAUCUCAACAGCAUUGAAGCUGGCUGGCAGGUUAGUCCGGAGCUGUAUGGUGAUAGCAGGCCAAGACUCUUCACUUAUUGGACGAGCGAUUCAUAUCAAGCAACGGGAUGCUACAACCUCCUAUGUUCUGGAUUCAUACAAACGAAUAGCCGGAUAGCCAUCGGAGCAGCCAUCUCACCGGUGUCCUCGACCGGCGGAAAUCAAUUCGACAUCACCAUUCUCAUUUGGAAGGAUCCCAAAUUGGGAAAUUGGUGGAUGGGCUUUGGUGAUAGCACCUUAGUGGGCUAUUGGCCCACCGAGCUAUUCACCCAUCUAACGGACCGGGCCACGAUGGUCGAGUGGGGCGGCGAGGUCGUGAAUUCCCGGGCCAACGACCAACACACGUCGACCCAAAUGGGCUCGGGCCAUUACGCAGAAGCCGGGUUCGGAAAAGCAAGCUAUUUUCGAAAUCUAGAGAUCGUCGACUCCGACAACAGCCUAAGCUCGGCCCAAGACAUAUCAACCUUGGCCGAGAACACGAAUUGUUACAACAUCAAGAGUGCCUACAACAAGGAGUGGGGCACACAUUUUUACUAUGGCGGGCCUGGAAAAAGCCCGCAGUGCCCGUAAUCAUAAGGCGGCCCGGCCCGAAGUCCGAAUUCUUUGUUUAGCUUACUAAGAUUUGUAGAAUUGGUGCUAUUUCCAACCAUGUUUUUGCUCGUUUCGAUUUUCAAGUUUUGUAUGUGUUUGUGGGGAAGGAAAUGUAAUAUAUUAGCAUAAAACAGGUAAGGAAAUAGCUAUAUUUUAUUUCAAAAAAAGGUAAUUAUUAAUCGUAUAAAGUGUGGUUUUGUAUUUCUUUUUUGA